AUGGGUCGGCUGCCGCAAGAACUCAUCGAGGAAAUCACCAGAUACCUGCCCACUGACGAUCUCAAGAACGUUCUAACUCUCUCCACAAAGUUUCGCUUUGCCGCGGAGAGUUAUUCUGGCGCAUUCACAGAGUUUACCCUGAAUGAGCGCAACGCGGAUAAGUUCCUUGGGCUUUACUCAGGACACCGGCUGCUUUACUUGAGGGAAUUGCACUUUCAGCCCAAU